UUCAGAGAUCAGUUUAAAGUCAAUCACAAUGCUAUGGUAUUGGUGACACAUCAAGUUCAGACCAGAUAUUAUUGGAUCUGCUGAAUAAUCCCAGCCAUUGAGGGUAAAGUAAAAAAGAAUGUUAUUCAGAGUGAUUGAAGAAAGAAAUCACACUAGUUCACAGCUGUUCUUCAAGAUGGUCUACUGCAUCUCAGAAAGAAACUGGCUCCAACCAACAUGAUUAUAAAAUUGCAAUUCUUGCCAACUGAUCACAGAACUCAACUGUGUUGAUGGCAACUUUAGAGAUAUCUCUGUUCCCAAACAAAACUACACUUUGAGCCAAAGAGCAAAGUACAAAUGUAAGGAACAGUUGGGAAUCCCAAAUGAUAAAAAAUUGACAUACCACUCACUUUCUGCAGAAUUGCAAGUACUGUCAGCUGAUCACAAAGUGGUAUAGAUGUGACUGGAGAAGUCUGUAGGUGAGCCAAAGGACAAAGCAUGAUGGUUGGAAAUCUGGAAAAAAACAUCAAAAUGAACACAAUAAUGUUUUCUUUUGGUUGGAGAAUACAGACCAAUGUAGUGUGGUCUAGGAUCAAUUGCUGAGAUCCUGCAUCUGACAACUGCAUCGUUUUAGUUUUCAACUGGACUUUGUCAGCUACAUUAUAACCAUGCACCAAAAUCGUGCAAGUUGCGUUCAUUCCCAGGUCAUGCGGAAUCAAGAUCCAAACUACCGAAGAGUGAUCAAAAGAGAAAGAGAAGCACUUGAACACAGAGGAAAAGGAAUUGUGAGGUGGCACAGAGCUGUAUCUACCAAUCUAGUCAAGCCUAUAAUAUAUAUUCCUGAAGAUGAAAUGUCCAGACAAAGUGGCUCUGAAUGUAGAGAAUCAAAGAAAAAAAGCCUUAUAAAUAAAAUGCGAAAAACAGUAGGGAGAUUUAUAGCACAUCCUUACCAAAGCAAGCAGUUAAAGAAUGUUGACAAAAGAAUUGAAAGAGAUUGUGCAAGAAGUCCUUUGAGAACUAGAAGCUUCCCACAAUUUCCAGUAAAAUGCGAUCAUGUUCUAAGAACAAGCAAGAUGCCUGACUCACCACUGGAGUUCUUGGAAAAAUCAGCAUCAAACCAUGUACAGUGUAAUGAUUCACACUUAUACAGAUCUAAAGACGCCAAAACAUCCAAGGGACAAGCCAAGCAAUUGGCAAAUAUUGAUGAAACAAAGAUACUGUCAACAUUGAAAUCACAACCGCAGAAAACUGCAACUAUUCAAGUGGACGUGGAUGUUUUGGAGGCAGAAACUGCAAGUAUUUUUGGCAACAAUCUAGUUGUGACAUCACGCCGUAUGUCCCGCCGCGUGUCUGUGACGAGUCUCCCCACUGACAAGCAAAAGGCACCCCGCUCAAGUAAAAGACAGUACUUAAAAAUAUUUAAAAAGAAAAAUAAAAGAAAAAAUGUGGAGCAAAGUAGGAGACAUUCCUUUCUAACCGUAGGAAAGCUUCAAGCACAAGUGGAUGACUUAAUUGAAACAGUUUCAGAAAAGUCAAUGAAAUUACUGGCUCAAAGGCAUGCAGAACUCCAGCAGUGUGAGUAUCUAGGAGAUGAAAUCCUACAGUCAUCCAAGCAGUUCCAGCGAAUUUCUAAGAAAAGUGCCCGGAAAUACAAGUGGAAAAAGUGUUUUCUCUGUGGAUGCUGCUGCUAAAUCAGCCUUAAUUCUUAAGUACACCAUUUAGAAAUUAAUUCUUCAGUUUAUAAUGCAAAGAACUAAAAAGGUAUGCUUUGCAGGUGAACUAUUAGGAUAAACUUGAAAGAGCAAAAUACACUUACAGUAAGUAUAGUCAGAUGAUUAUAUUGGCAUCAGAACUAAAUUCUUUAUGUUAGUAUAGCAUACAUUAAUUGAACAAUCUCAACCCAAAAUUGGCCCAAUACAACAUUAAUUAGCAAUCUUGUUCCAAUGCCAUUGAUUGCCUUGCAAACAAAUGCUCCAUUCAUGCAAAUAUUUGAUGUAUCCCAACAGGUUGAUGUGUUGUAUCUGGUGUGUGUAUGAAGAGACAUAGCAUGCUUUCUGCUUUUGUGUGCUUGUUUUCUUCUUAUUGUCAACUCACCUGGCUAGCAGCAAUGCAAAAAGAGAGCCAAAUGUGUUAAAUCUCUCCAUGUUAGUUAAAAAUCACACAAUACCAGGUUAUAGUCCAACAGGUUUAUUUGGAAGUACUAGCUUUCAGAGUUUUGCUCCUUCAUCAGGUGAUUGUUGGCCCCAACAUUAAUACUCUGCAACCUGGGAAAAAUUUAUGGAGACUCUAAACUGCUCAAAUUGUAGCAUCUUUCUUUCAGUCUCCCAGGUGGAGUCUAGUGGAGUGUGAAGGAUUACCUGGCCUGGUUAAAGAA